CAAUCAAAGCAGCAGCAACUUGUACAUGGUGAUUAUAUAAACUUGAAUGAUGUAUUCUGUUCUCAUAAUUUCAGAUUUAAGUGAACAGAUUUUACUUCAGCAUCUUCUUGAGAAUAAUGCAAAACCAGAGCUUUGUCACUGAGUUCAUACUUCUUGGGCUUUCACAGAACUCAAAAGUUGAGAAAAUAUUGUUUGUUGUGUUUUUGUUGAUCUACCUUGCGACUAUUUGGGGAAACAUGAUGAUUGUGGUGACCAUCAUCUCUAGUCCCACAUUGCUUGCCUCCCCCAUGUACUUCUUCUUGAUAUUCCUAUCCUUACUGGAUGCAUGCACUUCUUCUACUGUCACACCCAAGAUGAUUGUAGACUUCUUCUAUGAGAGGAAGACCAUUUCCUUUGAAUGUUGCAUGACACAACUGUUUGCUGUCCACUUCUUUACUGGGAUAGAGGUGAUUGUCCUGUCAGCCAUGGCCUAUGACCGCUAUGUGGCCAUUUGCAAGCCCUUACAUUACUCUUCCAUUAUGACCCGGAGGCUCUGUGGCAUUUUGGUGGUGGUAUCCUGUGCAGGAGGGUUUUUACAUUCUACUGUACAAAUUAUCUUCACUUUGCAACUGCCUUUAUGUGGACCCAAUGUCAUUGAUCAUUACAUGUGUGACUUGUUCCCAUUACUGAAGCUUGCCUGCACUGACACACACAUAUUUGUUAUCUUGGUGUUUGCUAACAGUGGGUCAAUCAGCAUCAUUAUCUUCUCUAUAUUGCUUGUCUCCUAUGGUGUCAUAUUGUACUCUCUGAGAUCCCACAGCUCUGAGGGGCGACUUAAAGCUCUCUCCACCUGUGGAUCCCAUAUUACUGUUGUGCUUUUGUUCUUUGUCCCAUGUUUUUUAAUAUAUGCACGACCAACAACUGCUUUCUCUUCUGAAAAAAAUGCGUUUGUGUUUGCCACCAUCAUGACACCACUUCUGAACCCUAUGGUUUACACUUUCAGGAAUAAGGAAAUAAAAAAUGCCAUCAGGAGAAUGUGGAAGAGAUUGACAAUGGUUUUUGAUAAUUAUUAAAAAAUGACACUUCCAAUGUUGGGGAGAUAGACC